CAGGGGAGGUGGGGUCGGGCAUCACCGGGCCCCGGAGCUCGCCCCCAGCCCCUGCCAGCACCACCCAGCACAGCCGUGACCGGCCUCUGUGCACGACCCCGAGCCCCCUGCACGCGCGUGUGCGCAGCUCCUCGUGCAUGCAUCCUCCCUUUCCGUGCUCAUUCCCCAUGCACGCAGAUACCCCCCCAGCCACCUGCACACAACUCCUCAACCCCCUUGCACAUGUACAUUCCCCUGCCUUGCACACGCAUGCACUCGCCCACUGCCCCACACUGUGCACAUGGGUGUACAAGCCCCCCUGCCCACCCUGGAUGAUGGAGCCCAGCCUGAGGCUUUGGACUUCAGACCAGGUGGCCGGAUACCUUCCCCUUGGCACGGGGAGUGUGAGGGGCUUUCCCUGUUCUCCCAGCCCGUGGCUGCCCUGGAGCAGCCUGCUACCAGCCCAGCGCCCUCCUGACCAUGUGCAGCACCACCAGGAAGUCCACGUGGUGCUGGGGAACGAAGCCUGCGACCUGGACUCAAUGGUGUCAGCCCUCACCUUGGCCUACUACCUGACGCAGACAGCGGCUGGGGCCCGGGCAGCCAUAGUGCCAGUGCUGAACAUCCCACGGACCGAGUUCCCGCUGCGCUCGGAAAGCAUUUUCCUGCUGCGGGAGCAGGGCAUCCCUGAUGGCUGCCUUAUCUUCCGGGAUGAGAUCGACCUGGUGAUGCUGCACCGUGCAGGCCUCCUCACCCUCACCCUUGUCGACCACCACAUCCUGCCCAGUGGCGAUGCUGCACUGGAGGAAGCCGUGAUCGAAGUCAUUGACCAUCGGCCCCUGGAGCGGGACUGGGGCCCUCGGCGCCGUGUCACGGUGGAGCCCGUGGGCUCCUGCACCACCCUGGUGGCAGAGCGGGUGAUGGAGGGGCCACCGGAGCUGCUGGACAGACAGACAGCUGCAUUGCUACAUGGUACCAUCCUUCUGGACUGCGUCAACCUGGCCCCGGAAGCCAGGAAGGUCACCCCGAAGGACGCCCGGUAUGUGGCCCUGCUGGAGGCAAGGUUCCCAGACCUGCCGGCACGAGACAUCAUCUUUGAGACGCUGCAGAAGGCUAAGUUUGAUGUCACGGGCCUCACGACGGAGCAGGUGCUGCAGAAAGACCUCAAGGUGCUGUCGGGCGACCAGCUCAUCGUGGCCAUCAGUGCUGUGUACAUGACCUUGGAGGAGUUCCUGCAGCGGCCUGGCCUCCAGCACGACCUGCCCACCUUCUGCCAGCAGCACAGCUACACCGCCCUCGUGGCCAUGACCAUCUCCUUCGGGGAGCGCCACGAGCCACACCGGCAGCUGGCCGUGUACAGCCCCUGUGCUCGGCUCCGUGCUACACUGUGCAGUGCCCUGGAACGUGCCAGCAGCCCCCCCCUGGACCUCUCACCGCUGCCUAGCCCCUGCCCCGACCUCUGCACCUACCGUCAGGGCAACGUGGCGGCUUCCCGCAAGAAGGUGCUGCCCAUCCUGCGGGAGCUGCUGUUGCACGGGGGACCUGAGCCCUGGGGCUGCCGGGCAGGAGAGGAGGCGAUGGCAGAGGACGAGGCCUUGCUGCCCCCCACACCCAUGAACAGCUUGGUGGACGACUGCCCACUGGCCCGGGGACUGCCCGCACUGUCACCUGAGGCCGUGUUCGAGCGAGUCAGCCGCCUUGCUGUGGUGCGCCCUGGCCCUGCUGGCAGCCCUGAGAAGAAAUGAGGGGCCGGGAAGGGCAUCUGCAGAGCAACCCCCUUCCCUCGUGCAUCCAUCCACCCCCUGCAGCAUGGGGCUUUCCUCAGGGAUCCUUCCACAUGCUUGGGUGCUUAGUCAGCCAGAGCCAAAGCAAAGCCCCAGCAGCAGCCUGGGCCUGGGUGCGGGGUGAGAUUAGGCUUUUCUGAUGCUAUGGCACCAGGAACAUUGCACAACCAGGGGACUUUCGUGACCAUCACACUUGAGCAGGGAGUUCCCCAGGCUGUGGCACUGUGCUGGGAGAUGGGGGGAGCAGGUUGCUGGGGUUUGCUUCUCCUUGGGCAGUUCCUUUGCUGCUUCCUUGCCCCCUUUAUGCUCAGUCCAGGUCCCACGGGAGAGCUGCUUUCAUCCCAAACUUCAGGGGUGCAAGAGGCAAGACAGCACAGGAACCAGGCUGUAGCACCCCAGCCUGGGCACAAGUGGCCAGUGCCUCUGGUCAUGAGCCCAGAUGAUUUUGGAUACAGCUUUGCCUCUCCUGGUCCUUGCACUGCCAGUCUCUGAGGCUGCUGAUUCCCUGGGGAAAUCAUACACCAGUUCGGCCUCUAAGUCCCCUGGGUGGGCUCUGAUUUCUGUGGCUCUAAUGUCACCCCGCUCCCCAUUUGACUCCAGCUAAACCAGAGGAAGCUGCUCUCAAACCAGAGCAGAGGCUGUCAGCAGGUCCUCCCCAUCUGUGGGGGCUCACACAUGGAUUUCCAUGGGCUGCAGAACGGGAGGUGAUGCCCUGUAAGAUUGGACCCCCACUUUGUCCGGGGCCAGAGCUGGGAGCAGAGCUGGUCCCGGCCUGGUUUGGUGGAGGGCUUCAGCUGCUGCAUGCCCUAGUUGCAAGCAGGUACGUCUCCCACCCCACAAAACUGGAGAGGGAAACCCCGAGCCUAAGUGUGCUCUCUCCGGUUCAGCUCCUUCGGCUGCUUCUGCCCCCACUUUUGCAGUGGGCAAGCAGUUUUUGAGUACUGGGUGUCCCAGAAGCUCCAGAGCUGGGGUCUCUGUGCAUGAGCUCUGUGUGCUCGCAGGGGGUGGCUGGCAGCGUCCGGCUGGAAGGUACAAAACACCCAGCAAGCAGCAGUUGUGGCCCAAGCUGCACCCAGUAAGCAGAGACCACCCCCCUUCAGCCCAGCCCCUGGACCUUCCUUGGUACGUCACGACUUGGUGUGAACUUCCCUUCUGACAGUGGUCUCUCAGGGGGGUCAUCCGGGGACUUCCCCAGUAGGUACUGCCCCCUUUGAGCACCUGGGAGGCUUGGAGGGGGCUGGAAGGUUGCUGUCAUUUGGGCUCAGACUCGGGCUGACUCAGACCAUUAUGGGUGACCAGUGGGGACAUCGCACAGCUGUGACGUGGGCAUGGGAAACCUUCCCUUGGGGGGAUCCAGGGAGGCAAAUCAGAGGCUUAGAGGUAGUAUGAAUUGUAAUGCAAGGUAUGAGCCUGUGGGACGGGUGUCCAUACUGGGCUUAGUAAUAGCAGCCUCUGGAUGGGGGUGUCAGGCUGAUGGAUCGGGGAUGGGGAGGGGCAUCACCUCCUCCCAGUUGGGUUUAUCUGGGCAAAAUACUAUGCAGUAAUAUGAGCAAUACUUAGCCAGGGCUCUGGGUGGGGGCUCCGGCAUAUGGUACAAUGAGGAGUGUACGUUGAUUGGGUAUAAAUCACACAAUCACGUGAGAACCAGCGAGAACCUCUGAGCUGGUGGGGCUGGGAGCUGUUGGCCUUGUCUAGAGCAGAGCUGUCAUUACCUCGGUCUCUGCUCUCAGCAGGCCGUGCUUUCCAGCUGCAAGCUUCUGUGUUACAUUAAUAAUGUUAUUUUUUCUAAUAAUCCAGGUACUUUGCCCUCUAGCACUUUUGGGGUGCGGGGGGAUCCUUAAUUUUAUGUCCAACUGUAUGCAAACUUGAAUCGGGGUAGCAGGUUCAGAGCUGGUUAUAACGAGGGCGGGGUGAUGUUUUACAACCAAAGGGCCUGUGGGUUUCUUUGUGAUCUUGAAAUUUCUUUUCAUUUUAAGGAUUAAAUGUGCAUGCUUUCCUGAG